CUCGUCCCUCGCCAUGGCCCCCGCUCUGCUCCUGGUGCCUGCUGCCCUCGCCUCUUUCGUCCUGGCCUUUGGCACUGGCGUGGAGUUCGUGCGCUUUACCUCCCUUCGGCCACUUCUUGGAGGCAUCCCGGAGUCUGGUGGUCCGGAUGUCCGCCAGGGAUGGCUGGUUGCCCUGCAGGACCGCAACAUCCUCAUCUCCCUGGCUUGGGAUCUGGGGCUCCUGCUAUUAUUUGUUGGGCAGCACAGCCUCAUGGCAACUGAGACAGUGAAGGCGUGGACAUCCCAGUACUUUGGGGUCCUUCACAGGUCACUGUAUGUGGCAUGUACUGCCCUGGCCUUGCAGGCUGCCAGGAUAAGCAGCCCCUUCCUUCCUCAGCUGGUGAUGCGGUACUGGGAGCCCAUACCCAGAGGCCCGGUGUUGUGGGAGGCUCGGACUGAGCCAUGGGCCACCUGGGUGCCCCUCCUCUGCUUUGUACUCCACGUCAUUUCCUGGCUUCUCAUCUUCAGCAUCCUUCUCGUCUUUGACUACGCUGAGCUCAUGGGCCUCAAACAGGUGUACUAUCAUGUGCUGGGGCUGGGCGAGCCCCUGGCCCUGAAGUCGCCCCGGGCUCUGAGACUCUUCUCCCAUCUGCGGCACCCAGUGUGUGUGGAGCUGCUGACAGUGCUGUGGGUGGUGCCCACCCUGGGCACUGACCGCCUCCUCCUUGCUCUCCUUCUUACCCUCUACCUGGGCUUGGCUCACGGGCUUGACCAGCAAGACCUCUGCUAUCUCCAGGCCCAGCUUCAAAGAAAACUCCACAUGCUCUCCCGGCCCCAGGAUGGGGAGUGAGGGUCUGACCUACUCAAGCCCCGUACUUCCUCUCCCCCUUGAAUUCUAAAUACCUUAACACCCAGCUCCUGGCUGCUUCCGGCCAGAGGCCCAAAUCCAUGGACUGAAGGAGUCACCCCUUCCACUACUUGAGACUUCAUUCCCUGGGUCCAGCUCUACAUCUUAAAUUCUGAGUUGCAGCAGCUGGACUCCAAGGUCCACCUCUCACCUGCCAGGAAGCAGGUGUGGAACUCAUCUGUCCCCUCACAAUUUGGGGCAGAACAACCUCCCACCCUCAACAGCUUCCUCUUAAGGAAGGGGUCCGUCCUGACCACUCCCCUGGGACUGUUACUCUGUGCUUCAGGGAUCCCGUUCUCCAACUCUGGCUUCCCGCCAAGAAGCUGGACCAGGCUCUAGAAGUUUGAUGGCAGUAGCCGCCUCCCCAGGCCCCACCCCUCGCCUCUCCACUCCCUGCCCUAGUCUCUCCAUCUUCUUAGGCUCCGCCCUGGGCUCGAUCCCCCUAGUGGAAGGAUAGUCCCACUCUUAUCUCGGUGCCUUAGGGCUCCCUGCUCUCCCGUGGAACACAUGCUGUAGGAAAAUAAAAUUCAACCUGGUUUUUCUACAUA